AUGUGGCCCCGGCUCUUCUCUUUCCCACGCGAGGCUCGCGGCGAGGGGAAGCUCCUCACUGCGGUCACAGCCGCUCCGGCACAGGGGAACUCUGGCUUUGGCCCCGCCGGCUCUCCGGGUGCCACCAGAGCCGGUGACGCUCGGGUUUGGCUCCCUCGGACCUUGAGCAAUGCCAGCGAGCAGGAAGGGGACGGCUGUGCCGGCCGGAGGGGGGGAAGCAUCGCGGAGGCGGGGAGGAAGGCGCUGGUGUUGCGGUCACCGACUCCAGCGCCAUCGCCCAGAGGUGCCAGACAUCAUUUCGGAGAGAUGGGAGCCCGGUUGCCACUGAGCCAAGCGGUGGCCGUGCUGGUGCUGCUGCGGGUGCCGGCGGCAGAGGCGCUGGUGGAGCCUGAGCUGUGCUACAUCCUCGAUGCCAUCCUCUUCCUCUAUGGCAUCGUCCUCACCGGCCUCUAUUGCCGCCUCAAGUUCCUGGCACGGCACCGCACGGCACCGCCAGCAGCCGGCAAGGAGCAGAAGGAAGAAGGCGUCUACGCUGGCCUCAGCGGGGAAAGCCACGAGCUGUACGAGACGCUGCAGAGAGAACCUGCCUGAACCCCCCCCCGGGACCCCCCCAGGAAACUGAGCUUUUGUCUCCCUGGAAAUGACUCUUUUUGGCCCAAAUUGGCCACUAAGUGGAGCAGGGAGCCCCAAAACUGGGGUUGGGGGGUGCCCCCUUCCGUCCACCCCCCCCCCCCCAGUAAAGCUCCUGCAAGGGGGGGGCUGGGACAGAAACCAGCGGUUCCACUGUUUGACCAAAACGCUGUGUUUGGGGGUCAAAACUGUGGAGUGGG